GUUAGCCAGUUAACCAAACAUAUUUAUGCACAUACGUUUAGUUCUUAUUGUUAUUAAAUUUAAUAUAUAGUUAUAAAUACACUUUUCGGAAGAAUAAAUUGUUAUAUUCUUUUUUUUUUUUUUGUUUUCUAUAUUAAAGAGUAAAUAAUGUCGACGAUGGAAAAUUGGAUUAGAACAAGAUUAUCUAAAUUGAUGCAAUUUGCGGUGCCUGAUGACUUGGUUCAGUACCUGAUGUCAAUCGAAAAUAACCGGGAUGCAGAGGAUUAUUUGGCCACAUUAUUAGAUUUUUCCAAUCCUGAACAUAAAUUGUUUUUGAUUGAUUUAAUAAGUAAAAGAAAUGAAGUUAAAAAACCGAAUUUGAAAUUAAAACAAAAUCAGGGAAAUGUGAAAAAAGGAUCCAGUAUAAAAACUUCAUCUGAAGACAGCACAGGGGCCAAGAAGAAAACUAAGUUUGUAAAUUUAUACUCUCCUGAGGGACAAUCAAGAGAUGUUAUAUUAUUGAAAGGUCGUCACCACUGUGAUUGUGAAGCAAGUAAGCAUGAUUUGAUAAAUAACUGUUUGAAAUGCGGUCGAAUUGUCUGUGCUCAAGAAGGAUCUGGGCCAUGUCUUUUUUGUGGAGAACUUGUAUGUUCUAAUGAGGAAAAGAAUGUGUUGAGACAAAAUACUGAUCGUUCUGAUAGUUUGCUGAAUCGAUUAAAGGAUCAAAAACGGCCAAAAGGAUGGGAGCAAGCAUUAUUGCAAAGAAACAAAUUAGUAGAAUAUGACAAAAAUAGUGAACAAAGAACCCGAGUUAUUGAUGAUGAAAGUGAUUAUUUUAAUUCAACAUCUGUGUGGCUCACUAAAUCAGAAAAGGCCCAGAUUGAAAAGUUUGCUAAAGAAAUGCAUGAAAAGAAACAUAAGAGCAGAGCUAACAAAUCUAUAAUUUUAGAUUUUGCAGGUCGAACUGUGACAGAAUCAAAACAAGCAGAUACAGAAUAUGAUCAAACUGUAUUGCGUGAAUUAAUUCAAGCUAGUGAUAAGUAUGUGAUGGCUCAAUCAGAUGUGUCAAGGCCAGCUCUUAAUCCUAACUUGGAAAUUGAACCACCAAUGAUAAUGGAAACAGAAAGACCACUAUGUAAUACAAAAUCUUUUGAUAAUGAUGGUUUAUCAAUGAGACUUCAAGAUAAAGAUAUACAAGAAAUGAGCGAUCGAGGUGUUUGUUUGAGUAUGCAUCAACCAUAUGCUUCUCUAUUAGUAGAAAAUAUUAAAAGACAUGAAGGACGCAGCUGGUAUACUGCUCAUAGAGGUCGAUUAUGGAUUGCAUCUACAGCCAAAAUAGUUGACAUGGAAGAAGUGAAGAGCGUGGAGAAUUUCUACCGCAAGCAUUAUGAAAAUUCAGAUUUAAAGUUUCCAGCACAAUACCCUUCGGGUUGUUUGUUGGGACAUGUUACUGUUAGUGAGUGUUUUUCUCAAGAAGAAUAUCAAAAAAUUUAUCCAAAUGGAGAAUCUGAAAGUCCCUAUGUUUUCAUUUGUACAAAUCCUGAAGCGUUACCAAUCAAAUUUCCAAUCAAAGGACAACAUAAAAUAUAUAAAUUGGAUCCAAAAAUACAUCAAGCUGCGCUGAAAACAAUACGAAAAGUUUGAUUUGUUUAAUAAAUAAUAAUAAAUUGUUAUGCAUUAAAAUGCCUUUUGGUUAAUAAUUGUUUUUUUGAACG